GGGGUGCCAAGCAAGCGUGGCCAACACCCCAACCCGGCAGGUAGCAGGCUCUUUUGCUUACAACAGUGCUCGGGAUCUUAGGAUCCGGUGAAAAGCAGUUCUUCAGAUUACAGGUUCCGGACCUCAAAGGCCGUGUAAGUGACCGACCCCGAGGUCCGCCAGCUCCAGGCAGUCAAACCAUCUCCCUUUGUGCCCUUGAGGUGAAGCCUCCAUGGAGCAGCUUCUGGCUCAGCUGUGUGACACCAGCGCGUUGCAGCCACUUCCGGUGUGGGAGGGGGACACCACAGGCCACUGUUUCACCCAGCUGGUGCUCAGCGCCCUGCCCCACGCCCUCCUCGCCGUGCUCAGUGCUUGCUAUUGGGGGACCCCUAGGAGUCCAGAUUACAACCUACCCUGCAGUCCUGGCUGGCGCCUCCGAAUCACAGCCUCCUGCCUGCUUGCCAGCUUUCCACUGUUAGACCUCCUUCCAGUUGCUCUGUCACCAGGGGCGGGCCCAGGGCCUAUAGGGCUAGAGGUGCUGGCAGGGGGCGUGGCAGCUGUGGCCUGGCUCAGCCACAGCCUGGCUUUAUGGGUUUUGGCUCAUUCCCCUCAUGGCCACUCCCAGGGACCCUUGGCCUUGGCUCUGGCUGCCUUUCUGCCAGCCCCAGCCCUAGUGCUGACCUUGCUGUGGCACUUCCAGCGAGGCACACUUCUGCCCCCACUUCUUCCAGGUCCUCUCUCCCGCCUGUGUCUUCUCAUCUUGCAGCUAGCUGCACUCUUGGCCUAUGGACUGGGCUGGGCAGUCCCUGGGGAGCCCCGGGAAUCCUGGGCCCAAGAGCCCCUCCUCCCUGAGAGACAGGAACCCGAGAUAGCUGAAGAUGGGGAGAGUUGGUUGUCACGUUUUUCCUAUGCCUGGCUGACACCCUUGCUGGCCCGUGGUGCCCGUGGAGAGCUCCAGCAGCCCCGGGACAUUUGCCACCUUCCACACAGGCUGCACCCAACCUACCUGGCCUGUGUCUUCCAGGCACACUGGCAGGAGGGGGGCCAGCUGUGGAGGGCUCUGUAUGGGGCCUUUGGGCGGUGCUACUUGGGUCUUGGACUAUUGAAGCUGGUGGGGACCAUGCUGGGAUUCUCAGGGCCUCUGCUGCUGUCCCUACUGGUGGGCUUCCUGGAGGAGGGGCAGGAGCCACUAAGCAAUGGCCUGCUGUAUGCCGUGGGGCUAGCUGGUGGGGCUGUUCUGGGCGCUGUGCUGCAGAAUCAGUAUGGGUAUGAGGUACGGAAGGUGACACUUCAGGCACGGGGGGCCGUGCUGAACAUUUUGUACCGAAAGGCUUUACAGCUGGGUCCCAGCCGCCCUCCUACUGGGGAAGCCUUGAACCUACUGGGCACUGACUCUGAGCGUUUGCUUAACUUUGCUGGGAGCUUCCAUGAGGCCUGGGGCCUGCCGCUGCAGCUGGCCAUCACCCUCUACCUGCUGCACCAGCAGGUGGGUGUGGCCUUCGUGGGUGGCCUGAUCCUGGCACUGCUACUGGUACCUGUCAACAAAGUGAUUGCCACCCGCAUCAUGGCCAGUAACCAGAAGAUGCUACAGCACAAGGAUGCACGGGUUAAGCUCAUGACAGAGCUGCUGAGUGGCAUUCGAGUCAUCAAGUUCUUCGGGUGGGAGCAGCCACUGGGGGCCCGAGUAGAGGCCUGCCGGGCUCAAGAGCUGGGGCAACUCCGGGUCAUCAAAUACCUGGAUGCAGCCUGUGUGUACCUGUGGGCUGCCCUGCCAGUUGUCAUCUCCAUUGUCAUCUUCAUCACCUAUGUCCUCCUGGGGCACCAGCUCACUGCCACCAAGGUAUUCACAGCCCUGGCACUAGUACGCAUGCUCAUCCUUCCUCUCAACAACUUCCCUUGGGUGAUCAAUGCCCUCCUGGAGGCCAAAGUGUCCUUGGACCGGAUCCAGCGAUUCCUCGACCUUCCCAACCACAACCCCAAGGCUUACUACAGCCAAGAUCUCCCCACAGAUGGAUCUACAGUGGUGGAGCUGCAUGAAGCCCUGUUUUCUUGGGACCCAGUUGGAACCAGCCAGGAAACCUUCAUCAGUCACCUUGAAGUGAAGAAGGGCGCCCUUGUGGGCAUCGUGGGGAAGGUGGGCUGUGGGAAGAGCUCGCUGCUGGCCGCUGUUGCUGGGGAGCUUCACAGGCUGCAUGGACGGGUGGCAGUGUGGGGGCUGUCCCAUGGCUUUGGCUUGGCCACCCAGGAACCCUGGAUCCAGUUUGCCACCAUCCGAGACAACAUUCUCUUUGGGAAGACAUUUGAUGCCCAGCUAUAUAAGGAAGUGCUAGAGGCCUGCGCCCUCAAUGACGACCUCAGUAUCCUUCCUGCUGGAGACCAGACAGAGGUGGGAGAGAAGGGUGUGACCCUCAGCGGGGGACAGCGAGCCCGGAUCGCUCUUGCUCGUGCUGUCUACCAGGAAAAGGAGCUCUAUCUCCUCGAUGACCCUCUGGCUGCUGUGGAUGCAGACGUGGCCAACCACCUGCUACAUAGGUGCAUCCUGGGAGCGCUGAGCCACACCACACGGCUGCUCUGCACCCACCGCACCGAGUACCUGGAGAAGGCUGACCUGGUGCUGCUGCUGGAGGCCGGGCGCCUGGUCCAGGCUGGGCCUCCCUCUGAGAUCCUGCCAUUGGUGCAAGCUGUUCCCAAAGUCUGGGCUGUGGAUGGGCAAGGGUCUGACUCAGCCACAGCCCAGUCAGUGUGGAACCCAGAGACAACAAAGGAGGGGCUGAAGGUGGAGGAGGGUGCAUCUGGCCGCCUGCUGCAGGAAGAAAGCAAGAAGGAGGGCGCCGUGGCCUUCCACGUGUACCAAGCAUACUGGAGGGCCAUAGGUGCGGGCCUGGCCCUGGCCAUCCUUUUUUCGCUGCUCCUCAUGCAAGCCACGCGGAAUGCUGCCGACUGGUGGCUUUCCCACUGGACCUCUCAGCUGAAGGCAGCCGGCAACGACUCCCUGGAGGCCGCAGCCCCCAUCUCCGCCGACUCCACAGGGCUCCUCUCUGCCCAGCUGCUGCUCUUCUCCCCCAGAAGCUUCCACCUCCUCCCACCACCCAGCACCUCAGUGUUCCUACUGCCUAAAGCUGCCCCCAAUGGCUCCUCAGACGUGCGUUUCUACCUCACCGUGUAUGCGACGAUCGCCGGUGUCAACUCCCUCUGCACCCUUCUCCGAGCGGUGCUCUUUGCAGCAGGCACCCUCCGAGCGGCCGCCACCCUGCAUCGCCGCCUGCUGUGUCGAGUUCUUAUGGCACCGGUGACUUUCUUCGACUCCACACCUGUGGGCCGGGUCCUAAACCGCUUCUCCUCUGAUGUGGCCUGUGUGGAUGACAGCUUGCCUUUCAUCCUCAACAUCCUCCUGGCCAACUCAGCGGGCCUGCUGGGCCUCCUGGUUGUGCUGGGCUCCGGCCUGCCCUGGCUGCUGCUGCUGCUGCCGCCUUUGAGCCUUAUCUACUACCGAGUGCAGCGCCAUUACAGGGCCUCCUCGCGGGAGCUGCGGCGCCUGGGCAGCCUCACCCUGUCUCCACUCUAUACCCACCUGGCCGACACCUUAGCUGGCCUCCCUGUGCUCCGGGCCACGGGGGCCACUGACAGGUUUGAGGAGGAGAACCAGAGGCUCCUGGAGCUAAACCAAAGGUGCCAGUUUGCGUCCAGUGCCACGAUGCAGUGGCUGGACAUUCGGCUCCAGCUCAUGGGGGCCGCGGUGGUCAGUGCCAUCGCGGGCAUCGCCCUGGUGCAGCACCAGCAGGGCCUCGCUGACCCAGGACUGGUGGGCCUGUCACUGUCUUAUGCCCUGUCCCUGACGGGUCUGCUCUCGGGCCUGGUGAGCAGCUUCACGCAGACAGAGACCAUGCUGGUGAGCGUUGAGCGGCUGGAGGAGUACUCCUGUGAUGUGCCCCAGGAGCCCCAGGGCCAGCCGAAGCAGCUAGGCACUGGCUGGCUGACCCAGGGGAGUGUGGAAUUCCAGGAUGUGGUGCUGGUGUACCGGCCAGGGCUGCCAAAUGCCCUGGAUGGGGUGACCUUCCGCAUACAGCCUGGAGAGAAGUUGGGCAUCGUGGGCCGCACGGGCUCUGGCAAGUCUUCCCUGUUGUUGGUGCUCUUCCGGCUGCUGGAGCCCAGUUCGGGGCGAGUGCUCCUGGACGGAGUGGACACCAGCCAGCUGGAGCUGGCCGAGCUCAGAUCCCAGCUGGCUAUCAUCCCCCAGGAGCCCUUUUUGUUCAGUGGGACUGUUCGGGAAAACCUGGACCCCUGUGGCCUAUAUGAGGACCUGGCCCUGUGGCAGGCUGUGGAGCAGUGCCACCUGAGUGAGGUGAUCACAUCCAUGGGCGGUCUGGAUGGUGAACUGGGUGAGGGGGGCCGGAGCUUAUCGCUGGGACAGAGGCAGCUGCUGUGUCUAGCCAGGGCUCUCCUCACAGAUGCCAAGGUCCUGUGCAUCGAUGAGGCCACAGCAAGUGUGGACCAGAAGACAGACCAGCUGCUCCAGCAGACCAUCUGCAAACGCUUUGCCAACAAGACAGUGCUGACCAUUGCGCACAGGCUUAACACUAUCCUGAACUCUGAUCGGGUGCUGGUGCUGCAAGCUGGGAGGGUCAUGGAGCUGGACUCCCCGGCCGCCCUGUGCAACCAGCCCCACUCUCUGUUCCAGCAGCUGUUGCAGAGCAGCCAGCAGGGAGCCCGCUCCUCUCUGUGAGGACCCAGCAGUGUCCCCACACUCCAUGGUCUCCCCUCUGCUGGGUGUCUGAGAGCUGACGUGUGUUUACAUUCUCCUCCAUGGUUCUACCUCAUUGGCACUCCCCAGAGGGGAGGUGGUGACAUGGGUUCCUCUUUGAGAAUCACUCCUAAGGCAGCAUCCCACGGUUUCCCCAGAACCAGGCCUCUGUUCUGGCCCUCUGACAUCUGAGACUCCAGGCAGGUUUUUCUGGCCAAGGAGCCCACUUAUAAUUUCAUACUUUUAUUGGAUAAAAUUCCCAUCUUACA